GAUACACCACGAUUCCUGGUGUCGGUAUUACCACUGAGGGAUAUACAACACAACCAGGAGCCACAACACCUGCAGGUGAUCGCAGGAUCACAACUACACCUGGUCCGGCCAACAAAGUUCCUUCAAUUACAACAACAGUAGGAUACACUACGAUUCCUUGUGUAAGAACUACCACUGGAAGCGCUACAACACCACCAGUAGCUGCGACAACUUCGGGUGAGGCCAUAAUCACAACCACACCUGGUCCGGGCACCGGAGUUCCUUCGGCUGAAAUCACAGUAGGAUACACUACGCUGCCUGUGGUGAGAAUCACGGCCGAGGGAGCCACAUAUCCACUAGUGUCUGUCACACCUUCAGGUGAGGCCAGUCUUACUACACCUGGGCCGGCCACCGAAGUUCCUUCCGUUGAAACGUCUGUGGGUUACACUUCAGUUGCUACAUUCAGAACCACAAAAGAGGGAGUAACUGUAGUUCCACCACUUGAAACAACUACUGGCUCUUUGAUUGUUCGAACCACCAGCGGCUUGGUUGAAAUUAUAACACCCUCCGGCUAUGGCACUGCAAUACCUACCACGCAACGUACUGUCACCGUUACACCCAUCUACGUAGAAUUAACCACAUCAGAAGUAUUUAUGCUGACUACACCUGAAGUCAGUCCUCUAACGACCUUGCAAGUGUCCUAUGGCGCAAAUGUGACAACAACUGAAGCGCCGGUGGAGGGUAAUGAAACCGCCAAAACAGUAAGACCACACCUAGCCAGUACAAUACAACCCCCGACCAAACCCUCAAUCCGCUGUAAGACAGACACUGACUGCACGAACGAAGAGUUCUGUUACUUACCGACCUUCUGCCAAAUGCACAGUCCUGACUAUAUGAUCUGUCGAACAGUUCAACAUGUGCCUAUGUGCUUUUGCGAUAAUGCAGCCGAUGUAAAUACACCUGAUUGUCAUAAAAUUGCAG